CCGAGGGCGCCGGCGCGGCCCCGGGGAGCGCGAGGAGCCGGCGAGCGCGCGGCCUGCCGUUGGCGGCCUGGUCCGCCACGCUCGGCGCCCAGCCUCCCCCGAAGUGGGGGCCAAGCCCCCGGGAAGAUGGUGUCCUGGAUGAUCUCCAGAGCCGUGGUGUUGGUGUUUGGGAUGCUUUAUCCUGCAUAUUACUCCUACAAAGCUGUGAAAACAAAAAACGUGAAGGAAUACGUCCGAUGGAUGAUGUACUGGAUUGUUUUUGCUCUCUAUACUGUGAUCGAAACAAUAACAGAUCAAACAGUUGCUUGGUUCCCCCUGUACUAUGAGCUAAAGAUUGCUUUUGUCGUAUGGCUGCUCUCUCCCUAUACCAAAGGAGCAAGUUUAAUAUAUAGGAAAUUCCUUCAUCCACUUCUUUCUUCCAAGGAAAGGGAGAUCGAUGACUAUAUUGUACAAGCGAAGGAGCGGGGCUAUGAGACGGUAGUAAACUUCGGACGGCAAGGUUUAGCUUUCGCAGCCACUGCUGCUGUCACUGCAGCAGUGAAGAGCCAAGGAGCAAUAACUGAACGUUUACGAAGUUUUAGUAUGCAUGAUCUAACAGCUAUCCAAGGCGAUGAGCCUGUGGGCCAAAGACCAUACCAAGCUCUACAAGAAACAAAAAAGAAAAGUAAAUCAGUCUCCGGUGAAUCAGCAGGUUAUGGAAUUCCACUGAAAGACAGAGAUGAGAAAACAGAUGAAGAAGCGGAGGGGCCGUAUUCAGAUGAUGAGAUGUUAACCCACCGAGGGCUUCGAAGAUCGCAAAGCAUGAAAUCUGUGAAAACCGUGAAAGGCCGCAAAGAGGUGCGAUACGGGUCACUAAAAUAUAAAGUGAAGAAGAGACCACAAGUGUAUUUUUAGCCAUCUGCACUUCAAGAAUCCCAAGACAAAUUAUGCUAAUCCAUCGACAUUUUUGCUAACAUUAUUCAUUCAGGAUUUACGUAUUAAAAUAAUACUUUCCAUUGUGGCAGUGAUAGGGUUUAUUUUCAUCUAAAUUUAAAUAGCUUUUAUUUCAUUCACCAGCACUUCCAUGUCCUGACUACUAAAGGUAGUUAUGCAAAGUUUAUUUAUACAUAUAAUAUUUCAGAAAUAAUAGAAAAUUGUGUUACCUGUUUUCAAAUUCCUCAACAACACUGAGUGCCUGGGAUUGCGAUGAAACACAGACCCACAGUAUACUUGAAAAGAGUCUUUUUACGGUUUAAGAUACAUCAGCCUUUGUGCUCUUGUAUUGUGUUUACCUCCAUGUAUAUUCUAUCACAUGAGGAUAGAAAUUAAUAAGCCUCUGAUCCAGCAGUGAUAGGACAAGGGCAUAAUGUAAGAUACAGCGUGUUUUAUAUAUUCUUUAAAUUUUUACUUUUUUAAUACUUCCUGGUUUUGCCACCAUCAACUGAAAGUUUUCAAAACAAAUAUUUGAAAGCCAGGUAUCCACAUAGCACUUUUAUUCCUGACUAGUUUUGCACACUUGAAAAUUGUUUACUUAUUUACGACUGUACAUUUAUUUUAAGUUUUAUUGACACUGUUUUUAUUGUUUUUUGUCGUAUCCCAACAUGUCACAUUUAUGCCUUGAAUUUCAUCAUCUCUUUUCCUGUGGGUUUCAUUCAUUAAAUUCGUUAGAUUCUAAUUAUAUGAAAAUAUAGCUAAUUGUUCAAAUUUAACUAUUUUAAUUAAUUAAUUAUCUUCUCUUAAGUAAGAAGGUAUUCUAAACAUCAACCAAUUUUCCACAUUUAAGCCCUAUAUUGUGGUUGAAUUUAGCAUGUUCUUGUUAACACUGGUUACAUUUUCAGCAUUUAAAAAGAGUUGCUUUUGUGAAACAGAGUCAUGAAGUUAUCCAACAGUCGGUCCAUUCAUAAGCUUGGCACUGAUGUGUGCUGCUGAUUUAUGAAUCUAUAUUGGCUAGAAUCACUUAAAUCUCUCAUCUUCUGGCUAAGAUGGUUUCCUGAAGAGAGGUGCCAAUGCAAAAUACAGAUGUUAAUCUUACGUACUAGAAGUGGUUAGAAUAGAUAUUAGAAAAAUAGUUUUUAAUACGAGAAAUUUUGAAUUAUGGAACGUGGAAGCUUUUUAGGUGGCACUGAUAACUAUGCAUUAUGAAGUCUGUAUUUCUGGUGGUGGUUUUAGUGAUCAGUAGUCCAAGUUGUACAGUUAUAACCAUUCAGAUAAUUUACUUAUGUUUGUCCGGAGGAAAAACACAGUGGGCGAGAUUUGUGAAAUCUUUGACCUUUCUAUCUUUUUAAGAAGUGAAACCAGCUGGCAGUGUAUAUUCAGGACCCCCUCAGAGUGUUGGCAGAGAACAGAAUAUUUACUUAGGAGUACUUAGUUUAAUUCAAACAUUUCUCUUGGUACAAGUCUUAAAACAUUUUCUAGACUAUCUCACAUUCUUGAUACAUCAAGAAAAAAUUCACUCAACUUCUUUCCUCCAAGAGUUUAAUUUUCUGAAUAGCUUAGGUGAAGAUAUUUUUACUACCUUGACUAAUUUGUAGCCUAAGUUUCUAGAAAAGCUCCUAGUGUUCAAAAUUCCUAGGAACUCUUAUGAUAAACUCUUGGAAGAGAGUUUUAUUUAUAUUGCCUAGUACCAGACUUGCUAAUACAAGUGCUACACUAUGUUUGUCUUUCCUGCCCGAAAGCAGUGUCAUCAGUUGCCUGACAAGGUCAUGUAAGUGACUCUGUAUAAAAAUAUUACCUGUGCAGGCUUCUCUCUGUUCCAUUUUAUCUUUUCCAAGGCCGAUCUGUUAAAUCUAUUCCUUAAUUGUAGUAAACUCAUAAAUACUAUUCUAAAUUGGAGGCAUUAUUUAUCCCUCUGAACUUCUGCAAACAAAAUGUUGAAUCAAAGACAACACAGGUCACAAAGGGGUGAUGUAUGUCCUUUUUAAUUGUAUCUCUCCAUGCAGUGCCUCCUCUGAUCUGUUUCUACUGUUAUAUCCUUAUAAGCAGUGGGUGUCAUUUUGCUCUUCUAUCAUUUCCUUUCUCUCCUUUUUUUAUAUUUCUGAGAUCUUGCUGUUUUUCUCUUGUGUGUGUUUUAGCAUGCUCUUUCCUUUGAACUUUGUAUGAUACACUUAUAAAUCUUUGUCUCUCUUAAGGUGGAGCAGGUCAUUUGUUGUUUCUCUACUUUUGAGUUCAGUGCUUUUAAAGGAGGUAAAUUUAUCUCUUGACCACAGUGCCUUGCUUUCCCACCACCACCAUUUGGUGAAUGGGCAUCAGAUGCUGCACAACUUCACUUAAGGCACCAUAAUGGUAGCUGUUAACAUUUAUGCAGAGAUUGUAGCCAGCAUUUUGUUUUAUUAUAUAUUCAUUCAUUCAAUUUGUGCAUUAAUAUUAACCAUUUCCCAAGUUUGUUUGGAAGUGACAGUUGAUCUGUUCUUUAGUUUACCAUGUUUUUCCUGGGAUAAAAAACGAGCCAGAAGUAAGUCUUCUUGCUAAGUGAUUUAGUAUGUAAACCCAUGUAGGUCCUGCACAAGAUCCCCUCCACACAAGUCACUAUUGUGUAUGUGGAUUUGGCUAGAAAAUGGUAACUGCCAGCAUUACUGAUCAUCAAUACUUGACUACACAGAUUGAUGGAACAAAAUUAUUAAAGUGUUUUCAGGGAACUGAAUCCAUAUGUCACCACCAAAGAUUUCUACAGUGUUAUAAAAUAUGUAAAUAUUCCAAAUUUCUGUAAAACACUGGUUAGAUAAAUACGUCUUCUUUCGUUUCCUUUUUUGAAAUAACGUAGUUUGAGCUUCUGUAAUACUUGAAUUUUUGUGUUGUUAAAAAUAAUCCAGUGCUAUCUUCUAUUAAAUAUCAGUAAUUUGUAUGUUUAGUUGGAAUGGACUAAAUUUUUGUUUUGAUUUUCUUUUAUCAGGAAAAUUAAGGAGUUAAUAUGUAUCAGCAAGCAAUUUCCUACUUGUUCUCCUGUAUAGGCUGAUUCAUUUGCAAAGCAAUUAGGUAAUUUUGAGAUCAUUGUUACUGUGGUAUGCAAUGUAUAUUUCUUAGUAAACAUCAUUUAAGAGUAAAACUUUCUGAAAGAAAAAUACAGCUUUUUCCUCUAAAUGGUUAAGAUUUAAUCUUCUAAUAGUAUCCUACAGAUUUAUUGUAUAUUAACCUUUUAAAAAUUGACCAUGAAUUAACAUUUUUCUCCUCUAACACCUCUUAAAUCUCUGUAGUUUCAUAGUUAAGAGAAAGCAGUUUUGUAAUUUUUUAAUCUCUUUGUAAAGGCUUUUUUAGGCCUAGUGUGGGGCUAACUUUACAAAUGUGUUUUUUGAAAACAUUAAUACAAAAUAAACUCAUUUUAUUAGCGACAA